ACAGACAUCUAGCUGCCCUGAUUUUUCAAUCUGGCAGGGCUGUAUAUUCAUGUGAUUUUUUCGAAAGUGGAGUGUGCAUUCUUAUAUUCAAAUUAUUGUAUAAAAUUUUCCCGUGCAGCAGUUAUGAAAAACAAUCUGUGGAAUACGCUGCAGGAAGUCGAAGAAGUCAACGUUUCCUUUGAGCAGACCUUGAGAAACAUAAACGAUAUCCAGAACCGCUACAACAUGGUGUCGGCUUUGAAGAGCAAGGCCUCCAAGCGCCAGGAAUCCUUCGAGGCGGAGAUCCAAGCCGCUAUAACAGCACCCAAUCCUCCCAAGAAAAGUGGGCUCAAGAGGAGCAAGAUCGGUAUGGGAAAGAAGAGACGGCUCAGGAAGAACAAAGCGAUUGUCAGGCUGAACCAGCGGACUCUGCUACCAAUCCCAGCUCCCGUUCUCACGCUGGAUGAUUUCCUGCAGGUGGAGCAGGAGCCUUUUGUGUGUCUCGAAACCAAUUGCGUCUACGAAAUACACAAGACCACUACUCACCUGGUGACCCGGAAACCGUAUGGAGCUCUCAUCCGCAGACUGUAUCGCUCGGCCAGGAGGAAGAGGAUUUCCGAUCAGGAACAGGAUCAGGAACAGGAUCAGGAACAGGAGAUGUAUCCAGACCUGGGAAGCUACCACUGCUCCUGCUCGGCGUGCUGCAUAGAGUGCAGAUAAAUUAUUUGCGUGUGAUUGUGUCUAGCAUAUUUUUGGGCUUUCACAAGGCUUCAGUUUGUAGCCUGCAUUUUGUGGGAACCCUUAAAUUGGCGGUAAUAAAUUGUACUUGUCCAAAUGAA